AUGGAUCACUCCAUGCAUGGUAUGAUGGACAUGGACCAUGGUCAUGACCAUGGCGAUAUGGAUAUGGGUGACGGACAGUGCAGCAUGAAUAUGCUGUUCACCUGGUCUACGAAGAACCUCUGCAUCGUCUUUCCCCAAUGGCGCAUUACCAGCACCUGGUCCCUUCUGGGUUCGCUUAUUGUCAUCGUCCUUUUGACAGCCGGCUACGAGGGAAUUCGACAGCUCACAAGGCGGUUCGAAGCAGCUCAUGCUAGAAGGCUGAGUGCAUAUACUACGGUUGCUGUAGGAGGCAGGGAUAGCCGAAGGACCGUCGAGCAACGAGGCAAGAUCACCAUGGCGGCAUUGUAUGCUGUGCAGGUCUUCUAUAGCUUUUUCAUCAUGCUGCUCUUCAUGACGUACAACGGAUUUGUCAUGCUCGCAGUUGCUGUUGGUGCCUUUGUGGGAUAUUUGGCGUUUGGAGACAAUACAUCUGCCAGCAAAACAGUUGCUUGUCAUUAG